AUGUUCUCCAUGGUCGCCCCAUAUUUUGCAAUUUUGCAAGAUGCCUGGGCCGCUAUGAUGGAGAACAAGGAAUGGAUGAAGGAGUUCAUGAAGAAGAAGACGGAGCUUAUGUUGGAUCGAUAUAAGACAACUACAGCGUUUCUAUCUGAACAUGAAAUUCCAUACGUCGAUAUGAAUGCGGGUUUGUUCGUUUGGAUCGACCUUCGACAAUUUGUAGCUUCUAAACCCCAGGAGCAACAAUUUGGUACUGAUACUGGACACAAGAUACUUCCUAGCGGUCAACUAAACCUAGAAAGCGAGUUGAUAUUUACUGAUAUUUGCAUGGAAAACGGCGUGAUGGUCCUGGUCAUGUCUAUAUGUAUGAAGAGUAUGGUUGGUUCUGCAUUACUUUUACCGUGGGGCAAGAGGCGUCAAAGGAAGGUCUGA